AUGCCUCCGAAGGUCAAGAGCGAGCCGACCUCUCCUUCCAAAGUACGCUUCGAUACCUCCCCCGGUAACGCGAAUGGCUGGCUGCCAGCUACAGAGUGGGGCGCGCAGGAGACUCAAAGGUGCAUCACGCUACUUGCUUCCCUUGCCUUGGACAAUCGAUCGUACUUUUACACAGACGAAGCAUUGAAGCCCUGGAACUACAACGGUGCGAGUCCUAUCAAUAAGAAGCUCCAGCAAAUCCUGGCCAAGAUAUGCAAAGACCACGACGUUACCAUGCCAAUCCCAUCUACUGCUGUCCGAAGCCCGAAGAAGCGUAGCACUACCUCUGCAGACGACGACGAGGACACGAAGCCGAAUGCCUCGCCUAAGAAGCCUCGAAAGCAGGUGACCACCUCUCCGGAAAAAGCAGCGAAGGGUCUGAUCGCCAAUGAAGCAGGUCCAUCCAUGUCACCCGAAGGCGAAGAGCACGCAGCUUCAUCUAGCCGAUGCUCGACCCACGAACCCUCAUUUGCUCACGACACCCCCAAGACCCAGCACAAGCCGGUCACCCCCACCAAAAAGCCGACUUGUCGAGAUUCUGCGAAGGCCAUUGUUCCGACAUCGGCUGACAGCAGUGAGGAGGAUGACGACGAAGACGAGAGACCUUUCAGCGACAGAGGCAGGAAGGAAGAGGUUGACGCUUGAACAAGAGCAAACUUCCGGUC